AUGAGCUGUGGCGCCAAGUCUUCCAGUAGCGUCACUAGAACCAGUGGCGGAGGCGGCGGUGGUGGCGGUGGUGGCGGUGGCAGCUGUGGUGGUGGUGGUGGUGGCAGUAGCAGCGGGGGAGUGCGGAAGUCUGGGGGGUAUUCCUCAGUGUCCAGCAGGAGGUACACCUCUUCUGGAGGAGGAGGAGGCUUUUCCGGGAGAAGCUUUGGUGGAGGAGGAUCCAGGAGCAGCUACGGAGGGGGAUUUAGCAGUGGUAGUUGUGGAAGGAUUAGCCGUAGUAGCUAUGGUGGGAGAAUGAGCGGUGGGAGCUUUGGAGGAGGAGGAAUGGGUUGUGGAAGUAUGGGAGGAGGCUUUGGAUCCGGUGGAGGUGGCUUUGGAGGAAUGGGAGGUGGUUACGGAAGCAGCCUUGGUGGAGGUGGCUUUGGUGGUGGCAGCUACAGUGGAGGUGGAUUUAGUGGCUUUGGGGGUAGCGGUGGCUUUGGCGGUGGUAGCUACGGAGGAGGCAGCUUUGGUGGAAUGGGAUUUGGUGAAGAUGGCGGAUUGCUCUCCACAAACGAGAAGCUGACCAUGCAGAACCUCAAUGACCGCCUGGCCUCCUACAUGGACAAAGUGCGGGGCCUGGAAGAAGAAAACGCUCAACUUGAACGUCUGAUCAGAGAGUGGUACCAGAAGCAAGGGCCCACUGGGUCCAAGGACUACAGCCAAUAUUACAGAACAAUUGAAGAUCUGCAAAACCAGAUUGUUAAUGCUGGUGUGGACCUUCACAGGAUCCUUCUCGACGUUGACAACACCAGGAUGACUGUGGAUGACUUCAGACUGAAGUAUGAAACUGAGUACAGUCUCCAUCAGAGUGUGGCUAGUGAUAUUAAUGGAUUACGUCCACUUUUGGAUCAACUGACUCUAGCAAGAUCCGACCUGGAGACACAGUAUGAAUCCCUAAAAGAGGAACUGAUCUAUCUUAAGAAGAACCAUGAAGAGGAAAUGAGAGGACUGCAAACACAAUCUGGUGGUGACGUCAAUGUGGAGGUCAAUGCUACUCCUGGCAUUAAUUUGAUGGAAAAAUUAAAUGAAAUGCGCCAUGAAUAUGAACGUCUUAUUGAGAACAACCGCAGAGAGGUGGAAAGUUGGUAUGAAACCAAGAUGGAAGAAGUUAAUCAACAAGUGCACUCAAGUGGCCAGGAAAUACAAUCAAGCAACCACCAGGUCUCCGAGCUGCGCCGUGAAUAUCAGAGCCUGGAAAUCGAGCUGCAGUCGCAGCUCAGCAUGGUGGACUCUCUCCAGUCCAACCUGGAGGACACCGAGCGCCGCUACAGCAUGCAGCUGCAGCAGAUCCAGGGCAUGAUCAGCCCCGUGGAGGAGGAGCUGGCCAGCAUCCGCUACGAGAUGGAGAGCCAGAACGAGGAGUACAAGAUGCUGCUGGGCAUCAAGACGCGCCUGGAGCAGGAGAUCGCUCAGUACCGGGCCCUGCUUGAGGAAGGGCAGCAGGACCUUGUCAUCCCAGGAGGAGGAAUGGGAGGAAUGGGAGGAGGAAUGGGAGGAGGCAGAAUAGGAGGUGGUGGCUACUCCGGAGGAGGGAGAGGAGGAAGCGGUGGCAUGAGUGGAGGAUUUGGAGGAGGCAGUGUUUCUUCCAGCGGUGGAAUGGGAGGAGGAAGCAGCGGAGGAGGGAUGGGAGGAGGCAGUGGGGGAGGAUCAUGCGGGAUCAUUGGAGGAGGAGGAGGAGGAGGAGGAGGGGGAAGUGGUAGUAUCAGUGGAGGAGGAGGAGGCGGAGGAAGAGUCUCUGGAGGCGUCAGCAGCUCCCACUCCUACUCUUCAUCGUCCCAGUCUCACUCAUGCGGUGGUGGAAACCAAGGUGAGACAUAUGGAAGAAAGUCUUUUGAUUAAGAACCGAUGAUCCUACAGCACCAGACCCUCCAAAGAGAAAUCUGCGCAAACGCUCUGCAGUCUCCACAUUGCUGAGGAGAGAGAGGCUCUUGCCUCUUUCUCUGAGCCUCAGGUGCCGUCUAUCCAGAACAGGCCCAUCGGAGCUGC